AUGUCAUCGCCUCGACUGCAGGAGUGUGAGACCAGAGAGGAGGAAGAGGAGCAGGAGGAGCAGGAGAAGGCAUGUUGGUCCCUGAGUCAUGCAUUUGAGUCCACCAGAAUUGUGUCUGAGGUCGUGACGGACCGAACUGACCAAGACCUCACCGAGCGUCAGGAGGAGUUCCAAGCCUUCGUCACCUGUCAAAUUAACCACCUUGUGGGGCAACUACACCAAGUCCUCACUCACCUGGGGACGGCACCUUCAGCGACACCAACUGCGGAGAAUCCUGUAGCUGCACCAACCAUUAGCCAGACGGCUCCCUUGUCUCUGCGUUUGGCCUCCCUGGACAAGUUUUCAGGGGACUCAGGAUCUACAAGCCUUCAUAGCCAUGUCAGCUCUGGGCCGGAGAGAGCGGCCAUGGACGAGUACAUCACCUCCUCGCUGAAGGCUGGAAUAAUUUUUCCGUCCUCCUCUCCAGCUGGUGCAGGCUUCUUUUUCGUGGUCCUUCAGAAGCUGUUGGAGAAUCAACUGUACAUAAAGACCGAGAAAUGUGAGUUUCAUGCAGCCACUGUCAGUUUCCUGGGCUACAUCGUCACAGCAAACCAGCUACAGAUGUACCCGGCUAAGGUCAGUGCUGUGGCCAAUUGGCCAACUCUGGACAGCCGGAAAAAGAACCGGUUCCACCUGCAGAUGGUGACAGGAAUUCCCGAGUCCGGUCUGUCCGACCUGCUGCUGACAGUUCUGCAGCGGUCUGGUUGGAGGGAGGGUACUGCAGUUCUGUGUCGGGGCUGGGAGGAGUCUCAGGGUCUCCUGCGGCUCCUGGAUGGUCAGAUGGCAUCAUGGGACAGCGGGGGUGGGGCCACCUGGCACCUGCGUGCCAUCCUCAACCUGACACAGUCGGCACACGACGACACUCAGAUCCACGACUUCCUGUCCCGACACUUCAGACAGAACCAGCCCUCGCCGGUGUCGGUGGUACUGUUCGGAGCCGACCCGCAGUGUGCAGCAGCAGUGCUGCGUAGUGCUCAGGACCUGGGCCUCACAUUACCUAUGGUGCACUGGGUGCUGGGCCAGCCACUCAGCCCAGACGCGCUGCACGCCAUCGGGUUACCGCUCGGCCUCCUGGCCUACGGAGAGGUGGAGAGGAAACCUCUAGAGUUCUACGUCAGAGACGCCCUGCAGCUCGUCACCAGGGCCGUCGCCGCAGCAACCGUGGUGAGACCAGACCUGGCUCUGAUCCAGAAUAUGGUGAACUGCUACGACAAACCCAACAAACUUGAGGUUCCGUCGUCAGGGCAGUACCUUUCCAGGUUCUUGUCCAACACGUCUUUCUACGGUCUGACGGGUCCAGUCCGAGUCCACCAGAACCUAUCUCAGGUACUCACCUCGCAGCGUUUCCACAUCUGGAGCCUGCGGCGGGAUGCGCUGGGUCAGCCCACCUGGGUGACGGUGGGGAGCUGGGAGGGAGGCCAACUGCAAGUGGAGGACCAGGCAGUCUGGCAGGGACCCAAACCUCGCCACCGGACAGAAGGGACAGGCGGGAGGACCAGGGGGCGCUGGAGGGCAGGGAUGCCAGUGGCGGGGAGUCGGGUCCGGGUGGUGACUUUGGUGGAACAUCCGUUUGUGUUCACGCGGGACGUGGACGACGAGGGCAGCUGCCCAGCUGGGCAGUACUGCCUGGAUGCCAGCACCAACAGCUCGGAGACUCUGGAGAGGUUCUUCAGGGAGGUGGCGGGGGGGAACGGCAGCUUCCUGCCCGCAGAGUACAGCAAGUGUUGUUACGGAUACUGCAUCGACCUGCUGGAGAAGCUGGCAGAGGACCUGGACUUCGAGUUCGACCUUUAUAUCGUUGGAGAUGGGAAGUACGGCGCGUGGAAGGGGGGGCGGUGGACUGGGCUGGUGGGGGAUCUUCUGAACGGACUGGCAGACAUGGCUGUCACCUCCUUUAGCAUUAACUCAGCACGGAGCCGGGUGAUCGACUUCACAUCACCCUUCUUCUCCACCAGCCUAGGCAUCCUGGUGCGUAGCAAGGACACAGCGGCCCCCAUCGGAGCCUUCAUGUGGCCCCUGCACUGGUCCAUGUGGGUGGGCAUCUUCCUGGCACUGCACAUCACAGCGCUCUUCCUUACGCUGUAUGAGUGGAAGAGUCCAUACGGCAUGACGCCUCACGGACGCAACAGGGUCAGGGUGUUUUCGUACUCCUCGGCUCUCAACCUGUGCUAUGCCAUCCUGUUCGGACGCACCGUCUCCUCCAAGACACCAAAGUGCUGGACGGGUCGGUUUCUAAUGAACCUGUGGGCCAUCUUCUGCCUGCUGGUGCUGUCCAGCUACACAGCCAACCUCGCCGCCGUCAUGGUGGGGGAGAAGACCUUUGAGGAGGUGUCAGGGAUCCACGACGCCAAGCUGCAUCAGACAGAUCCUCCUCAUCUCGACGCCUUCAUCAUGGACAAAGCGCUGCUCGACUACGAAGUUUCCAUCGACGCCGACUGUAAACUGGCGACUGUUGGGAAACCGUUUGCCAUCGAAGGUUAUGGAAUUGGACUGCCUCAGAACUCCCCUCUGACCUCCAAUGUCUCAGAGUUCAUCAGCAGAUAUAAAUCAGAAGGAUUUAUGGACCUGCUGCACGACAAGUGGUACAAAGUAGUUCCAUGUGGGAACCGAGUGUUCGCCGUCACCGAGGACCCACCCACUGCCCCCCCGCCACCGCCUCAGCCCGGCGAGCUGCAGGAGCUGCAGGAGCAGAUCGAACAGAUGAGGGAGAAGCUGAGGACAGCCCUGGCCAGGAGGGCUGAGAUCCAGACCACUUUGGCUAAACCUGUCCCCACGGUUACAAAUGACCCGCCUCCAGUUACCACGACAACAUUGAUAGGUGCCCCGCCCACCUUCACCCCGCCCACUGUCACCCCAAUAACACCCCUCCCUGCCAACACAAAGUGUGUGACAACCAUGACAGACCCGCCUCACAAAGUCUUGUCCAAAGUUCGGCCCUUCAACAGCAGACUGACCAAUCAGAGGAGGUGA